AUGCCUCUUCAAGGCCGACAACGGUUACAUGCGCUAUCCUCUCCCCUCCUCUCCGUCGUGAUCCUCCCAUUCCUCCUCUUCAUUCUCAGUUUCCCCCCCCAAGCAGCCGCUGCCGGGUCAGCGGUGAUUGGUAUCGAUGUCGGAACCGAGUAUUUAAAAGCAGCAUUAGUGAAGCCCGGAAUUCCACUCGAAAUCGUCCUCACCAAGGAUUCGAAGCGCAAAGAGACGGCCGCCGUCGCAUUCAAGCCCACGAGAGAUAACGCAGUGUUUCCCGAGAGAUUCUACGGUGGCGAUGCGCUUGGUCUGGCAGCGCGGUAUCCCGACGAUGUCUACGCGAAUCUGAAGACUUUAUUAGGUGUUCCGUUCAACGUCGACGAUGAGAUGAUUCAAACGUAUCAGCAGCGGUAUCCCGCUUUGAGGGUGGAAGCUGCUCCUGGUGAGCGCGGCACUGUUGGUCUGCGGAGUAACCGGCUCGGUGAGGCGGAGCGGAAGGAUGCGUUCUUGGUUGAGGAGCUCUUGGCUAUGCAAUUGAAGCAGAUUAAGGGUAACGCCGAGAAUCUUGCCGGUACAGGGUCCGAUAUUAGAGACGCCGUUAUCACGUAUCCGGCUUUCUAUACCGCCGAUGAGAAGAGAAGUCUCGAGUUGGCGGCUGAAUUGGCUGGUUUGAACGUGAACUCAUUCAUUACCGAUGGUCUCGCGGUUGGUCUGAACUACGCCACGAGCCGUACGUUCCCUAGUAUCUCGGAGGGCCACAAGCCGGAGUAUCACGUUGUCUAUGAUAUGGGUGCUGGUUCUACUACGGCCAGUAUUCUGCGUUUCCAGGGCCGUUCCGUGAAGGAUGUGGGUAAAUUCAACAAGACUGUCCAGGAAGUCCAGGUUCUGGGUUCGGCUUGGGAUAAGUCUCUUGGAGGUGAUGCCCUGAACGACCUAAUUGUCAAGGAUAUGGUUGCGAAUCUGGUCGAGCACAAAUCCCUCAAGGGCCGUGUUACCCCUGCGACUGUCGAGGGCCACGGCAAGACUAUGGCGAGACUGUGGAAGGACGCCGAAAAGAUUCGCCAGGUCCUAAGUGCCAAUACGGAAACCGGAGCCUCGUUCGAAAGUCUGUACGAGGAGGACUUGAACUUCAAGUACCGCAUUACUCGUUCCAAGUUCGAGGAGCUGGCCGCACAACACAUUGCGCGAGUCGGUGGACCUCUGGAGCAGGCUUUGACCGCUGCUGGCUUACAGUUGAUUGAUGUUGAUUCUGUCAUCUUGCAUGGUGGAGCUAUCCGUACACCGUUUGUCCAGAAGGAGCUGGAGCGCGUCUGUGGAGUCCCCAACAAACUCAGAACUAAUGUUAACGCUGAUGAGGCAGCGGUUUUCGGUGCGGCCUUCAAGGGUGCUGCCCUCAGCCCUAGCUUCCGUGUCAAGGACAUUCGUGCUAGUGACGCCGCUUCCCACGCUGUUUCGCUGAAGUGGCCUGCCGAUGGCAAGGAAAGACAACAGAAGCUGUUCACUUCGACAUCCCAAGUUGGCCCUGAGAAGCAGGUUACGCUGAAGAACUUAGAGGACUUCGAAUUCAGUUUCUCUCAGCACAUCGCUUCUGGCGAUGCAGUUACUGAGUCUCCAGUUCUGGGCGUGGAGACGCAGAAUCUCACUGCCUCUGUCGCUAAGCUGAAGGGCGACUUUGGUUGCUCGGAUGCCAACAUCACUACCAAGUUCUCUGUCCGCCUUAGCCCCGUUAAUGGACUCCCAGAGGUCGUCGGUGGCUCUGUCAGCUGUGACGUUGAGGGCGCGAAGAAGGGGAUCGUCGAUGAUGUCAAGGGUUUCUUUGGCUUGGGCUCCAAGAAGGAGGGUCAGGCCCCUCUUGGCGAGGAUGGAGAGCCGAGUGAGUCGAUUACUCUGGAAGCUGAAGAGGCCCAAGCCUCGACAUCCACUGCUUCCGACGCUAGCUCGACUACUACCGCGGAGGCUAAGAAAGCAACUCCCGAGGCCGAGGCUAGAGUUAUUCCUGUUAGCUUCAAGACUUCUUCGCAGGGCAUUCCGGCUCCCUCUUACGCUGAGCUCACCCGUAUUAUCAACCGCCUGUCUGCCUUCGACGCCUCUGACCGUGACCGUAUUUUGCGCGAAGAGGCCCUGAAUGAACUGGAGUCGUUCAUCUAUCGCAGCAGGGACUUGGUCGAGGAUGAGGAGUUUGUCAAGACCCUCAAGAGCGAUCAGGUGUCCGUCCUCAAGGACUUGGUGUCUGCUGCUAGCGAGUGGCUAUACGGCGAUGGCGAAAACGCGAAGACUGCCGAGUUCCAACAGAGACUCAAGUCCCUGAAGGACAUUGUCAGCCCUGCACUUAAGAGGAAGCAGGAGAGCGCUGACCGGCCGGUUAGAGUGGAGUUGUUGCAGGAGGUCCUGAAAAACUCGCAGACCAUCAUCAAUGUGAUGGAGCAGCAAAUCAAGCAGGAUGAAGACGCCUACUCUUCGUCCGCAUCUUCCAGCGCAACCGAGGCAUCAUCGUCCACCACUUUCGCCAGCGAGUCCGCUACACCAUCUAUCGAUCCCUUGGAGGACCUCGAGCAGGACUCCUACGCUUCCUCUUCUUCUACCAAGACCACCUCAACAACUACAACCCCCAAACCUACCGGCCCGAAGUAUUCCCUCUUCCAACCCACUGACCUGACGUCCCUCUCCAAGGUCCAUGAGUCCACCAGCACCUGGUUCGAAGCCAAGCUCGCGGAGCAAGCCAAACUCACCGAAUCCGAUGACCCCGCUCUGACUGUUGUAGAGCUUGACACCCGGCUGAAGGAGCUGGAGCGUAUCCUGACAAGAGUUUACGCGAAGCUGGGAACUGCGUCCGGAAAGAACGGCCAGUCUACAAAGAAGGGUAAUGGAAAGAAGAGCAAGGACAAGGAACAGAAGACGGAAGAGAAGGAACCUCUUCCAACCCAUGAUGAGCUGUAA